AUGCCUCUAUCUGUGCAAGAGUACCGCAUAGGCCAGCUUUACAUGGUGGUGCGUGUGAGUGAGAGGGAGAGUGACAAUAGCGAUGGUGAUGGAGUGGAGGUGCUGUGUAACGAGCCCUUUAGCAGGCGGAGGGGGGGAGGAAUAGGAGGAGGAGGAGGAACGGAUGGAUCAGCAUGCACUGCUGCUAGCGGCAGCAGCAAGAGCAGCAGCAGCAGGGAUAGCGGGAAGAGUGAUGGGUCCAAGAACUUGGGGGUGCAGAGCGAGGGGACGGGGACUGCUGUAGUGCAGACUGGCUGUGAGGGAGAAAGUGAAGGGGGAGAAGGGAAGGAGGGAAACGCAGGGGUUGGAAUGGGUGAAGGGGAGGAGAGGGAGAAAGGAGGUGUUGGGACAUUAGACCCAGCUGGUGAUACAGAGGAGGGGUACUACACCCACAAGAUUUAUCACCUGAACAAGAAGCUGCCGGCGUGGAUAGCAGCGCUGGUCCCCCGGCGGGCGCUGCGAGUGGAGGAAAGGGCAUGGAAUGCAUACCCCCACUGCGUCACUGCCUUUCUUCCCCACUUUUGUUUCUCCUUCCACCCAUCUGCCCACUCUACAUCCCGUCUUCUUCUCCCCAUUCCCCCACAUUUCCGCCUCUCCAUCCCCGCUUUCCCUCCUCCCUCCUUUUCUGCAUCCCUCCCCAUUCUUCCAAUCCUACUGCUGUAUCCCUCCCUACAGGCCCUCUCCCUCCCGCCUGACAUGCUGGCACAUCGCACAGUGGAAACACUGGACAUAGCAGAGGGAGGUAGCGAGGAGGGCAAGACCGGGAGGGAACGGGAAGGGCUGAGAGCUGACGGUCGGUGCGCACAGCUCGCCUUUAAUGACAGCCUACAAGCCUACAAGGUGGUCACAGUGGACGUGCCCUGCUGGGGCUUUGGGUCCCGCCUUGAGAAGUACCUGGCCAAGGUGCUGCAGAGGAGGCUGAGUCUGGAGACGAACCAGGCAGUGGUAUGCUGGAUGGACGAGUGGAUUGGGCUGUCAGAGCAGCAGGUCAGGGCCAUGGAGGAGCACACGUUCUCUCGCAUCAACCAGGAGCUCAAAGCAAGGCAGAGCAACCAGAGAUAG